GGCAGCCAGCCGCCAGCAACAGCCAGUAGCCAGCAGCCAGCAGCCAACAGCCAGCGUGACCGUCCCCUAACGAUGGAGCACCCGCAGAGCGACAGCAUGCCUCAGGAUUUGUCAGAGGCCAUGAAGGAGGCCACCAAGGAGGUGCACACCCAGGCGGAGAACACUGAGUUCAUGAGGAACUUUCAGAAGGGCCAGGUGAACCGAGAAGGCUUUAAGCUGGUGAUGGCCUCCCUGUACCACAUCUAUGUGGCCCUGGAGGAGGAGAUUGAGCGCAACAAGGGGAACCCAGUCUACUCACCCCUCUACUUCCCGGAAGAGCUACACCGCAGGGCAGUCCUGGAGCAGGACAUGGCCUUCUGGUAUGGGCCCCACUGGCAGGAGGAGAUCCCCUACACGCCAGCCACACAGCGCUAUGUGCAGCGACUCCACGAGGUGGGGCGCGCUGAGCCUGAGCUGCUAGUGGCCCACACCUACACCCGCUACCUGGGUGACCUGUCUGGGGGCCAGGUCCUCAAGAAGAUUGCUCAGAAGGCCCUGGACCUGCCCAGCUCUGGUGAGGGCCUGGCCUUCUUCACCUUCCCCAACAUCGUCAGUGCCACCAAGUUCAAGCAGCUCUAUCGCUCCCGCAUGAACUCCCUGGAGAUGACCCCUGAGGUCAAGCAGAGGGUGGUUGAAGAGGCCAAGACUGCAUUCCUGCUCAACAUUCAGCUCUUUGAAGAGUUGCAGCAGCUGCUGGCGGAGGACACCAAGGAGCAGAGUCCCUCAAAGGCAGAGAGGCUUCGCCGGCGGGUGCCAGAUGUCACCCCCAUGGAGACUCCCAGAGGGAAGCCCCAGCCCAAUGUGCUCUCCCAGGCUCCUCUCCUCCGAUGGGUCCUUACUCUGAGCUUUCUGGUGGCAACAGUUGCUGCGGUGGGGCUUUAUGCCAUGUGAAUGCACCUGAGCUGGCUCCCUGGGGCCAUGAACUUUGUCUAAUGGGGGGAGGCCUUCUUUUUGGAGAGGGAAAAAUCCCUUGGCUGGCUUCCUUAUCUGGGGCAUGGGAAGCUUUGGCUUUCCCCCACCCCACCAGUAUUCCUGCUGUGUCCCUCUUUCUGGAAAGGUGGAAGGAGCCUGUGGCAUCUUCCCAGCCCAAAGCACAUCUAGCCAAUGGCCUGAACUUCAGAGUGGGAUGAGGGGCCCAGCCCUGGCCCUCAGCAUCCUCAGUUCCUGCGGCAGAGCCCAGAAGAUGAGGCCAGAAGUAGCAGCUGUGCUAAACCUCUAAAUGCCCUGGUUUCACAGUAACCUUGUUGACACGGCCGUGACCACUUUCCCCAUAAGCCAUGGCAAUUUUUAUAUAAACGUGUGAAGAUGUUAUGUCUUGUGUUUCUUAUUUUUGUUAGAGCCACUCUUUGUUCCUGGCUCAGCCUGAACAGUGGUAUUUGUGUGUGUGUGUGUGUUUUCUCUUGUUUUUAUAGCAGGGUUGGGGUGGUUUUCUGGGGAGGGAGGUGUUUAACAGCACUGUAGCCUUGGUCUCUAACUUUUAUGUGAAAUAAUAAAUGACUUUGUUUGAUAGCAA